CAACAUUGCGGCGGAUUAUUCGCAACUUUUUACCAUUCCAGCUUGAAAGAGUGCGACGGAGAGACAUGAAAUUUGUUUUUAAUUUUCUACUACCGUCAAUGCUCAUUAAUUAAUUAAUUAAUUAAUAGAAAAUCAACAAAAAAAUGGUGUGAUUCAAUUGGAAAUGAAAUAAAGUUCCUAUGAACUAUAAGUGCGUGUAAAAAGAAAUUAUUUUCUAAAAGUGAUAAAGAAAAGAAAAAAAUGAUAAAACGAAAAUUUUUGAAGGGUUCCCCCUCUUUGACUAUACCCUGUAAAAAAAUGGAGACCAAAAGUUUUUGCCAUUCGAGAAUAAUAGGAUGUUGGAAGGUGGCGGUGCAGUUUGGUUCCUAGUUGAGCUGCAUGUUUUUGUAAAAUUCUUGUACUAACUUUGCACUCAUUUGAACUUCACCGCAUUGCCGAGUCCUGCACUAUAAUCCAUGACACAUUUAACACAUGGCCCGUCUGGAGAUUCCAAGCAUUGUGGUGCAUAAGGGCAGUAGGUCGCAGAGUCGACCGGAGAGUCCGACGGUGGUGGUGUGCGGAGGAGGAAUGCCAUCGUUGUCAUCCUCGAAGCAGAGCCUCGUCGUCGGUGCCUCCACGUCCUUUUCGAACACAGAUUCGGAUAUGAUAGACGGAAAUGCAAAUCCUCCGAAUGAAACCACAACUUCGAAUCCUCAACAUCGUUCGACUCCUCCGGAUAAAGAUACCGACAAGAACUAUCGCAAUCGAUCUAACACAAAAGUGAAGCUGCUAGUCAGAAGUCAUGCGAUGAGGGAGUCAACGUCACCACCCCGAGAGCCUCACAACGGCUCCUCGCCGAACAGUUUGUCACCAAAUUCCAAUCCCAAUUCCAAGCAACUCAACAAUAACGAGCCAAUGUUUAACAGCAAUUUCUCACAGAAUCAGAAUCCGAAGCAAAUGCGAAACUCAGCCACUUCCCCAACUUGUCGCACUCCAUCACGAAAUGGUCCUUCUAGUCCCUCACAAGUCCACUCCCCAAAAAAUAACGGCGUAUCCUCAACGAACGGCAAGGAAAAUCAGAAUCAUCGAUCAAAAUCGAAUAAUUCAAAUUCCAAGUGUAAUAACUGCGUGAAAAACAAUCAAAACGAUAGACCUGGUCUACUGCAAACGCCGAUCUCGCCUUCGAAAUCAAAUCAGAGCGCACAACAUACGCAAAAAAGUGGCAACCAGUCGCAAAAUAAUCAGCACAAAUCGGAGCAACGAAGGCCCAAUACGCUCAAUGUUUGCAAUAAUCAAUGCUCGGCACAAUGUGGAAAUACCCUUUCGGUUAGUAGACCAGGUUCAAGGCACAAACUUAGGCAUCAAAAUUCAUCGUCACAGGGGAGCUACGAGAGCGCAUCGCCAUCUCUUUCUCGAGACAGCAGUACGGAAUUGUAUACAGACAGUACGGGUAUAGACUUGGAACAGUUUAUCGCCGAGACGAUAAAUCGUAAUCAAAAGGAUCGCACAGUAUUGUUGAAAAUCGAGAAGGAUCUCAUUGAAUUUAUAAAAGAUCGACAGAAGGUGUGCCACAAAUUUCCGAAUAUGUCCUCCUAUAAUCGAAUGUUGGUGCAUCGAGUUGCAGCUUACUUUGGAAUGGAGCACAAUGUGGACCAAUCGGGACUAUGCGUUAUAGUGACUCGAACGAAAAACAUGCGAAUUCCCGACACUCGUUUCAAGCAACAUAUUCGUGACGAUUUGAUAUUAUCCGAGGAGCCAAGGCGAAGUAUUCUCAAGAGGGAUUCGAGCUCAUUUGAGGACAGUUUCAAUUUUAAGUCGCCGGAUCGACUUUCAGGAGAGUACUGCCGUAGGAGCAAGAGUUUCGAGGAGAGGGAGGAAGAGUACGAAAGAGCGAGGCAGAGGAUCUUCAAAGACAGCAGUGGCGAGAGCAGCGAAGUCACUUCCUGGCCAUAUUGGUCGUCGUCCGAGAGUUCCGACGCAUCGGCACGUUAUCGUCUUCUUCAUCCUUCUGAUAACAUUAUGAGACAACCAAGACUUGCGAAGGGCGAAUCUUGCGACGGACGGGAAACUCUACGGAAUGGAGUUCCUAGACCAUCGGUCUCGAAGUCCUACAGUUUCGGGGGCUACACGGGAGGGAUGCUCUCGAGAGGCGACAGCGUUAUGUCCACACACAGCGCGGGUCCUCGACUUACGAAGCAGGAUUCGAGUGCAAGUAUGUGCUCACGACUCAGUCCAUCGAGUAGUGGGUACAAAUCGCAAAGUCAACGGAGCGAUACGACAAUUUCUCCAUCGCCCUCGCCGUCACCUAUUCCUCCCCUGGGUUGCAAUCACAACCAAAUCUCUAGUCAAGAUUCCGUUUCGCCGGAGCCAAAUAGUCAGACUGUUGUCUGGGCCGUCUCGAGUAUUUCGAGCGUCCCACCUGGAAGUGUAAUAAUCGAUCCGCAGACCAAUGAACCCUACACCAAUCCAGACGGUUCACUCUAUCGCUUUGAUCCCAAGAAUCUACCGAAAUUCUUCCCCGAGGAAUGCGAGCCGGUCACCAAAAAGCCUGAGCAGCCAACGGAGCCUAGGAACUCUAAGGAGUACUCCAAGGAGAAGAGACGAUCUCACAAGAAUAACGGCGGUAAUUCGUCUUCGAAUCAGACACAAGUGAUGAAUUCGGCGACUUCGCCGAGUUUGCCAGUGACUCCGCCGCCAGCGCCACCGCCCUUGCCGCAGCAACAUUGCAGCUCAGCCUCCUCGCAAUCUCUAGUCAAAACCUCAACAGUACAAUCGUGCGGGCACAACCAGUUUGUCCACCCCUACGUGACGUAUUUGCCUACCUCAGAGCCGAACAGUCAGAACAUCUAUCAACCCUCCACGGCGCAACCGACUGUGAUGAUGCCUCCGCAUCAGGGUCAGCCUGCGGUGCAAAACAGUGGACAGGGCGACGUUAUUUUUAAUCAGAAUCCACUCUAUGCCAAUUACGCUGUACCUGUUCAACAAGGACCUCUUCCCCAACCUGACGCGUCCGAUUUAUCCGGUUACUUCAUGGGAAUGAACAUCUACGACCAAAGAGGUGGAGGCGAUAAUCAAACAACACCUCCCCAUCCUUAUCCACCAACUCCUCCGUCUUCAAAUCCAACUCUGCAGAAUGUUCAGACAGUUCAACCUAAUUUCUGGCAAGCACCUAACAACAUGCCGCCACAGCAGACAAUGUAUUUCGUGCCCCCACCAGGAGCGAUGGUUAAUCAAAAUUCCGGAGAAAGACAACAGCAGCGAUUUCCGACGAGCUAUGCAUUCAAUUUACAGACAAUGACCCCACCAAGUCAAUCAAACGCGAAUUUUGUCGGUAAUUAUUCGGGGGUGCCGUACAAUUCAAUGCCGGCUGUUACUCCAACUCCUGGAGAGUUUUCGUGUCAACCUCCGGUGCACAUGGUUCCCGCUUAUUAUCCACAGCCGCAACCUGGAAUACAACCGCCGCCAGUUAUGUACCGAGUUCCCACUCCUCCCAAUACACCAACAUCCACUCAGAUGCCGGGCAUGCCAUUAAUGUACGUGAACUCGGGAAGUUACGCACCGCCUGGGACAAUGGUUUCCGCAGGAACAUUUGGACAUCAAGUCGCUCCUAAUGGUGCUUCGCCUGCUCCUCCCGGGGCCUACAUGGCUCCCGCUCUCGUUCCUAAUAUUGUCUUUAGGCAAAAUGUACCUCUUGUAACUGGAGUUCGAGCCUCGACGCCCGGGAGUUCACAAAGAGCGAGCAGAUCGCCAACUCCUGCACAUGAAGUGUUUGGAGGUGGAGACAGAAAUACACAACCUCAGCCACGUUACCCACUGCCAGUUUAUCAGGGUAUUCACAUCGUGCAAGGGGAUAUGCGGCUAAUGCAUCCUGCAGUUCAAGGGAAUCCACGAUUACAAUACGCGCCAGUCCCAUCACCACCUGUUAUUCAAGGCUGCCCACGUCCUUAUCGGCCAUCUUCUUAUUCCUCAAACGUUUCCGGUGCUGGAACACCAAAUUCGUUUGAUGGCAGAAAUCCAAAGAUUCGUAAACAGAGGUCCAAAAUUACAACCCUGCCACCAACAGGUGCUCGACCCAAUGUUUAUCAAAACUCUUCAGCGCCACCGCUCUCUUGUAAUGCACCUAAAGAUAUCAGAGAAGGAACCAUAAAGGUGACAAUCACCCGUCAAAAUCCGUUGAUACAACAUUAAUUCCAAUGAGAGAAGAUGAAAAUAAAAAAAAACAAAAGCAGAAGAGGAACAGGUACAAAAAAGCGGCUAUUAAAAAAAAACAAAAGAGAAACGAAAAAGUAAAAAUUGAAGUUAUUAGAGAAAGAAUGAAAUUAAAAUGCGAAUUAUCGGUAAGAAGCGAAAAAGAGAAAUGAUAAACUAUUAAUGAUAUUAUUUCGUUUAAAAAAGAAAAAAAAGAGUUAAGUGAUUCUACUAGUGCGAUUUUUCGAGGUGGAGGAGAGGGGGGAAAAAGAAAAAAAAAUGACCAGAGAAAAGUUUUCGAGUUUUUACUGGUAGAAAGUAAGGACUGCGCGAAGAGAGUCACUCACAGAAUUUUAUCUACUAUUACAGUGAUUAUUAUAAAUAUAAAAGAAAAACAAGAAAAAAAAUUGAAUAUAUAUUUAUUUAUUUAUUAUUAACAUAUAAUAAAUAUAUAAGUAUAUAAAUAUAUAUACAUACACGCAUUAAACGUGAAGAUAUUUUAACCGCGGUUUUACAGAUCUUAUAAAGAAUGUGAAUUAUAUAUUUAAGGCAUUAAGCUGAAAAUAUAAAAAAGUAAAAAAAGGG